AUGUCUGGUCAAAUCGGUUCUAAUUCGGAGGAUGAUGUUGAUUUUGUGCCAUCAACUAAUGUUGAAGAAAUACAAUCUGUUAGUAAUACAUUAGAUGAUAAUACAGGGAGAAAAAGAACUUCUCGUUCAUGGGAUCAUUUUACUCGACAAGAAAUUGAUGGUAAAAUUAAAGCAAUUUGUAAUCACUGCGGGCGUAAGUUGGUGGGAGGAAGUACUGCGGGGACUACACAUUUAAAUACUCACGUGAAGAGGUGUCCAGUUAGAAAGGCCCAACUUGCUGCUAAUCCAACUACAAGUCCUUCAGUUCCUUUCAAUUUGGAUCCUAAUUUAGCAAGGAUCAAAUUGGCUCAAAUGAUCGUUAAGCAUGAGUAUCCAUUGUCCAUGGUUGAGCAUAGCGGGUUCAUCGAAUAUUCAAGUACUCUGUGUCCUACAUUUCAAAUGGUGUCAAGGAAUAUGGUUAGGUCUGACAUCAUGAAAAUGUAUAAAGCUGAGAAAGAAAAAUGUAGGCAAAGUUUGGAAAAAAGUAAGAGUAGAAUAGCCAUAACCAGUGACAUGUGGACUGCUAAUCAUCAGAAGAGAGGAUAUAUGGCUGUAACAACUCAUUUUAUUGAUGAUUGUUGGAACUUGCACAAUCAGAUUCUGAGUUUUAAGUAUGUUCCAUGCCCUCACGAUGCUCCAGCACUACUUGAGGCACUAAGAUCUUGUCUUAAUGAAUGGAAAAUAGAAGACAAGAUCAGUACAGUGACUCUCAAUAAUUGUAGUGCAAAUGAUGCUAUGAUUGACCUUUUGAAAGGACAAUUUGAGACUGACAGUUUUAGUUUGAAGGGAAAGUUGCUACAUGUGCGUUGUUGUGCACAUAUUUUAAAUCUAAUUGUCAAGGAUGGCUUAUCUGUCAUUGGUGAUAGUGUUGACAAAAUUCGAGACAAUGUUGCUUAUUGGUCGGGCACACCAAAAAGAGAUGAAAAAUUUGAGGACACUGCUCGUCAACUUGGAGUACCAUACACAAAAAAAUAUCACUUGAUUGUGUAA